AUGGAAAAGAACAUCUGCUAUCGGCAACGAAGGAGAAAAGAAGUCGUCUACGACGAUUGCGUAUUCGAGGACUCCUUGUCCCAAGGUGACUGGCACAUCGACGAGGACCCAUUUGUAGACUACGAGAUGCUGCUCGGAGGAUUACGAGCCUGUGCUGAGCGUAUCUCGAAGCCGCGCACAACAAACUUGGAUCGAAUUUCGAAGAUCACCAAGGAGUUGUUGGAAAGAAGAAGGACUUUGAGGCUUGAUCCAAAUUCCUUGCUUAGCGAGGACGGGACUCGCACGUCUUCACGUCGUGAGAUGGAAAUCAUUACGGAGAGGUUCUACUCGAACCUUUUCCGUUCAUCAACUCUUGCGUCAAGCCCGAUCAUCCCCAGUGGUGAAGCUCCACCACGGAUUCUCCCUUCGGAAAUACGAGCCGCUAUCAAGAGCAUGAAACCUGGCACCGCCCCCGGACCGGAUUUUAUAUUAGCAGACUUCGGGCUGGUGGCCAUCCACUUCAUGUAA